UGAAGGAUACUUGUUACGUGUUUCACCGCGCUUUUAUUAGUAUAACUUUUUACUGUAAAGUGCGACACUCACUGUAGGGGUCCGGAAAGGAGAGGUGUAUGUUUUAGGAAUGGUGAUGUGCUUAAGUUGCGCGCUAUGGUGCACACACGCAAAUUCUCUUUUACCACUCUGGCUUUGCACCUCAGUCAGUAGAUCAGACUACUGAAACAACCCAAACACUCACUAUAUUCAGAGGAAAGGAGAAGAGGAUGGCAGCUCCACAUAACGGAACCAACGUAACGGCGAACUACACUAACCAGUUUGUGCAGCCACCGUGGCGCGUCGCUCUCUGGUCCGUCGCCUACAGCUCCGUGCUGGCGGUGGCUGUGUUUGGAAACCUCAUCGUGAUCUGGAUCAUUCUUGCACACAAGCGUAUGAGGACGGUGACGAACUAUUUCCUCCUAAACUUGGCGUUUUCGGACGCGUCAAUGGCCGCGUUUAACACUUUGAUAAACUUUAUCUACGCUGCACACGGGGAGUGGUACUUCGGCGAAGCGUACUGCAAAUUCCACAACUUCUUCCCAGUCACAUCCGUGUUUGCAAGCAUCUACUCCAUGACUGCGAUAGCUGUGGACAGGUACAUGGCCAUCAUCCACCCCCUGAAGCCUCGUCUGUCGGCCAAGGCCACCACAGGAGUUAUCAUCUGUAUCUGGAGUCUGGCCGUGGUCCUUGCCUUCCCUCUCUGCUACUUCUCCACCACCCACGCUCUGCCUCGCAGGACCCUCUGCUACGUGGCCUGGCCCCGAAUGGCCGACGACCCAUUCAUGUAUCAUAUCAUAGUUACAGUCCUAGUCUACGUGCUGCCCUUAGUGGUGAUGGGCAUCACUUACACCAUCGUGGGGGUGACUCUGUGGGGAGGAGAGAUCCCAGGAGACUCAUCUGAUAACUAUCAUGGACAGCUCAGGGCUAAAAGGAAGGUGGUGAAGAUGAUGAUCAUAGUAGUGGUGACCUUUGCCCUCUGCUGGCUCCCCUUUCACGUCUACUUCAUUGUGACGGGUCUAAACAAGCGUCUGAGCAGAUGGAAGUACAUCCAGCAGGUCUACCUGUCAGUGCUGUGGCUGGCAAUGAGCUCCACCAUGUACAACCCCAUCAUCUACUGCUGCCUCAACAGCAGAUUCCGAGCUGGCUUCAAGCGAGCGUUUCGUUGGUGCCCGUUCAUCAAGGUAUCCAGCUAUGACGAGUUGGAGCUACGUUCCACUCGGCUUCACCCAACACGCCAGAGCAGCAUGUACACGCUGUCUCGAAUGGAUACCACCGUCAUGGUGGUUUAUGACCCCACCGAGGGAGAUGGCGGCGCCGGCGGUGGGUCCGGAAGGAAGCACUCCCUGUCGGCUAGGAAGAGGAGCUACAUCACAUCUCGCCACUCGGAAGUCUCUGGAUGCAACGGUGGCGAUGCAAAAACACAAAAUGGAGGAGCUCCAAGCGCUCAGCCUGAGGAGUUUUCUUGAAGGGUGUUCUCGCAGACUGACACACACACAUGUAAGAAAAGAACACACAUAAUACUCUGUACAUACAAAUGGUGCACAGGUCAUCGCUUAAUUUAGAUGUAAAAGCAUUUUAUCGAAGCAGUUACUUUAACAUGCAAAGAAUGACCAAGUGGACACAGAGAUUAUUAAUAUUUUAGCUCAAUGGAUAAUAUUAAAGAUAUCCUGGAGUGUGGAUGGAUCACUGAGUGGGCUUACUGGGCACAGAUGUGAAGUUCAAGGGGUCAGUUUAGAGUGAAUGUUAUUAGCAGUUAUUAUUUGAAACCCACACAGCUUAAUCAAAAGUAGUGAAGCCUCUACUAUGGUGUUUUUGUUUGUGUGUUUGUUUGCCCCAUAUCCUUUAAUAUUGGAGCCAGAUUGUGAUGCAAAUAUAAUUUAUUUUAUGCUUGCUUCUUUUCCACUACAUAAUACAGCGGACAGUAUUAGGCUACAGUGAAGCAACUUAAGUAUGUUUCACAGCAGAAUAGAUAUCGUGAUAUUAUUUUGUAUGUUUUUCUGUGGAGAGAGCUGUCACUGUGAGACUGGCUCAAUUUGCGAGCAAAGUUUACACACAGGUCCCAAAAGUGUCAUCAUCACAAUUAAAAAAGGACUGUGGUUUGUAAAUUCCAUAUACUCUCUUUCAUCCACAUGCAUGGCUCACAACUGUGGUGUUUGUUAGAUGUUUAGGCAUCAACCGGAGAGGAAUUUAUUUCAUGUCGCAAACUGCAGCUUGGUGAAACAGGCCUCUGCUUUGGAAAAGAUUCAUACAGCCUUCCUUAAGUUCAGGGUUUGUUCUCAACUAAUAGCAUAACCAUGAAGUCAGAGUUUACUUACAAAAUAGCCUCCUAAAAAAUCUGAAUUGAUGGCUAACAACUAGGGCUGGGAUGGGUGGUGCUAAUAUAGGGGGGCCUUUACAUGUCUGUGCCCCAGGAGCCCAUUGUCUCAUAAUCCAUCCAUGCUCAGGAGCACCCUUAACAACAUAUGAAGUGAACAAUGCUGAACUUGUUAAAUAGUGUUAAAAUAUGCCUAUCACAACUUUUUUCCAUGACCAAGACAAGACGAUGACGAGGGGAUACUGACAUCAUUUAAAACAAACUGUGACUAAAUCAACACGCAAUAUUGUUGACUAAAAAGACAAGAAGGAAAUUUAGUUUGAAAGAAAGGACUUUAUUGAAAUCUUUUUCUUCUUUUCCUUUUUUUAAAUUACAAAAUGUCACAAAGCUCUGCCCACUCUCCUUUCAGCGCCCAUUAACCAGCUGCUCAGACAGGUCACAUUGCAACAGAGAGCUCCACAUCCAGCUCACAAUCUGCAGUGACAUUUUUAGCAUCUGGUCUAUUUUCUCCAUCAGCACUACACCAGCGGCACACAAUGAGCACAGUCAACCUGUUCUCAUUCCCAGGUCGUCAAUACAGACGCUAUGUCACACCUCUCAGUGUGUGAUACCGAUGCACAGGGCACUCUUUAGCAUGUCAUUACAGCUGAAACACAUUGUAACACAUGGUUAAUGUUGUGAAACAGUCGAGAUUAGGUUUGGGUAACAAAACUCCUUGGUUAGGAUUAGACAAAACAUGUUUGUGGUUAAAAUGAGUACAUUUGUUAUGUAGAGUGUAAGUACGUCACUUCAGUUACAUCAUUGCCCAACAACCAUACGUACAUAACGCUACAUUAAAACAGUAGGAUGUAGGUACGUAAGUUACGUGACAUUAUGUGAAAAGCAGCACAUACUUUUGGUUUCAAACGAGAUACACAUCGCCGUCUACUCUGUGAAAGUCAUGUUUUGUUUGACCAAUCUACCUCCCCUCUCUCCCAUCCCAUACAGCCUUUCUCGUUGAGUACUGCCAUGGAUGGGUUUACAUUGGAGUUGGUUGAAAGCCUGGUGGCCUGGCUCAUUGACAUGUUAAAGGAUGUCUUUGGCAUCAAUAUCACACAGUGAGGGGCGUGAUAAAGUGUCAGUAUUUGAAAAUUGCAGAAUCAGAAUGGGCUGGUACAGUAGGGACUUGGGACUUGGACUUUUUCCACCAAAUUAGUGUAUGUAUACAGUUUUUAAAUGCAGGAAACCCCACUGAUAAAUAAUUUCUGGUGUGGUACAUUCAACGCGACUGCUAGUUUUUAAACAGUAAAAAGCAGUAUGGAUGCCAUUUAAAAUGUUACAGUCAUUGCUCCUUUUUAUAUCUCUUAUUUAUGCAGUCUCUCUUUAGAAAUUGGUGCCAACUACAUUUAAAAAAAUGUUUGGACACUGCUUGGAUGGAAACAGAUGAAAUAUGUGACAGCCCAUCAUUACAUCACACCAGCAAAGGAGCUAAAAUUAGCGCAUCCACCCAGGUGUUAAAUUUCCGUCACUGCCGAUCAAAGUCAAUCAGAGCUUGAACCAAUAAAUAUAGUAAUUUGUUAAAUACAAAUGCUAGAUGUUAGCAGGUGUUAGUGGGUUUCUUUGUCCAGUGGAAAAGGGGCUUUACUUAUGUUGAAGUUAACAGUGACAACAACAAGGUUUUGUUCAGUAACAUCUUCCAGAAUAUCAGAGCAGAACGUCUUCCAGGUCUGGAUAUAUUUCUUUAAAUUAUAUCAUCAUAUUAUAUCAACACUAGAACAGAGUUGACCAGACCGAGUGGAAUGUUUAAUAUAAUCUGAUGACUUUAUAAGAUUAAAAUACCCAGAAUUAAAGUCAACAAAAAACAGACUAAAACAGUAUCAGGCUGACUAAAUAUAAUUUAAAAAAAAAAAGGACAAUUGACGUAAGACUAAGACCAGGACUACUUUUUUUUAAUGUUAAAAAGCAGACAAACUUAACACUUCUAAUACAGUAUUAUCAUCUAAAUUCAAAGUGCUACGCCUUAAGUUUUCUCCUUAUCCAGUCCCUCUGCAAUAAUGAAACACUACUGUAAGUACCUGUUUCAUUACAGAACAUUCAGCUCUGAUUGAGAUUAGCAUUUAAAUACAGUCAGCACACUGCACACUUUCAUGAAGGUCUGGGUCCCACGGUUCAAAUGAUUGACAAUGAAACUAAUCAGUUCCGCUUGUCGUUUUGCUGCUCUGAGUGAGAGAUCAUCUCACAAUGGAGAUAAUCUGAAAACACGCCAUGGUGAUUGUAAUUCUGUAAGUAUGUCGUAGUUUCAUUUCCAUCUAUAAGUAUUAACUGCAAACUUUAUGUGACGCAGAGAAUUUACUCUGCAACUAUUUGCCCCUGAAGCUAUGAAUGAGCGGCAGCCGAAAGUCACCGAUGGAAUGGCUGUUGUUGAUUAAACUCCAUUUGGCUCUGUAUGUGGCUUUGAGUUUGGCUCUGCAAGUACUGAAAUGGAGUUCGGCUUUCAGUUGUGUAAUGGUUGGACAUGCUGUGCCUGUAACUGGCAUUAAGCCAGAGGCAAAAUCCAGUGUACAUUUGCGCACGCCAAUAGACAGGCUGCUGGAGAAUGGACAGACUAAAAGCAAACAAACUAAUGAGAGCCUUGUGGGUCGAUGGCUGUCAUUUUUACAGUGAUAAAAAAAAGCUGCACAUUGAAGUGCAGCCUUUGUUCUACUGUAUAGUGUUCUUUUAAAUGCCUUCAUACAAAGCAAAACAGAUCUAUCUCACACAGGCCCUACUCUGUAUACUCUAUACUCUCCUCCAAUCAUAAGCAAGCAUGUGCCCACUGAAAUUUGCAUUAAUGUAGCCAGCCAAUCAGGAUGUGCCUACCUGUAUACAUACGGAGCCUGCAGUAUAUAAGGCAGCAUACACUGCAGUCUGCCAUCCUUUUUAACUUCAAUUUGCCUACCAAUCAUCUCUCUCCAUGGAUGGAGUCACCGUUUCAGGAGCUUUAUCACUCCGUUGGCACACACUAUGCAGAGAGCGGUGUUCAGCAGCCACCAGUCUGUGAGGCUUGCUGGGCGCUACCCAAGUUUAAAUGCCAGCAGCGGUGGGAUCAUUUCAGAUGUUCGACCUGAGGCUUCUCUGCGAUGAGAGUGAGCCGGAGCUUGAGAUGCAUAACCCUCAGAUCCUAAUCCAACCGCCAGAAUUCUGCUGCUGCCUUCGGCCAUCCCCACUGAGACAACAACUUUGUUUGCAGAUGAUGAUUACAACAUUUUAUCGGUGUCCCGCAGGAGUCCACAGCCGACAUCUCUCUGCUGAGACUCCCCACAGUGGGUUGUGUUGGCCCCCGAGCAUAAUAGGCAGGUUGGCAGGAACCCUCUGAUUGUGGUCCAUGCACAGUCAAAGACAUCUGUAUGGUAGUGUCAUGGUUUAUGCCCUGCCUCUUCAUACAGUUCUAUCUCUUGGACAUGUCAGGCUCUUCUUCAGAGUCUGUGCUCGCUGGAAUGACGCAGGACUGUUAAAGGAUUGGGUGUAUGUCAUGUGUGUUGCGCCUGACUCCACCUUCCUUAAACCUAUGUGUACCCAUGCUCCUCGAUGACCAGGAAAUGUGAUAUGCAGGGUGUCUCCUGCUUGUCUUUCAACCCCUGUGGAUUAGGCUAAAGCUCCACCCAGUUCGGUUGCUUCUCACCUGGGCAGGCUGGGGCCCCCAGGUUCUCCAUUGUAGCAACCAAGAUUACAGAGAAGUAGGCGGGAAGCAUUGAGUAACUUUUAGCCAGUCAGGAUCAGUAUGUGUCGAUGCUAUGUUGCGACAGGACGAUAAUUCAUAGGGCUUCACCCACUGUAUCCAGAGAGUCCAUCAGAGGGCCGAGCCUGUGAUCUGUCUGUUAGUCAAUGACUUUACAGAAAGAAAUAGCACUUCAAAAUAAAAGCUCUGUGCAGGAAAUUCACCAUAGUUCAAAAUUAGUUUUUAACAAACCUGACAUGUUCACAAGUCACUUGUGGUCCAUUCAAAAUGGAUCCAUGACCCACUUUUGGACUGUGACCCACCAUUUGGGAUCCGCUACCACAGAGUCCAGUAGAAGGCUUUGCCUGUGCUAAUAGAACUAGGGUUACAAUAUAAUAACCUUCAUUUUUGCCUUUUGCAGUCUUUGGUCUUUCUGUAAAUUGUUCCAGCAUGCUGUUAUCCUGAGUUACAUCUUUAUUUAACUCCCCUGCUUGUGUGCGCAUAAAGUGUUGAGACUGCCCCAGCAAAUAGCUAGCCUGUGGCACGUUAGGUUUACAGUACGAUAAGUGGAACCAUACUGUGAAAGGAUUAUAUGCUGUAAACCAUUGGACCAGUGUAUCCCCUCUCACUCUGUACACAUCAACACACAGACAUGACUCGUGGCUGGGAACUAAGCGUAACAAUAGUUUUGUUUGACUGCUUUUAUCAGUAGCCUAGCAUUUUGUUGUGUUACUUUUUCACCAAACAUACGUUCUUAAAAGACUUAAAAUAUUUAAAAAGAUAUAUUUAUAUAUACAUAUAUAUAUAAAAUGUCCUAAUAGUUGCAGUAAAGAUUUGACAGUGUGUGACGGGAAGUUAUUAUGUUUAACAAGUGGUAAAAGGUUCCAGGAAAUUGACUCUGUCAUGUGUGGAACGAAAUGACAUCUUAAUUAUUAUUACCAACAGUUUUGAAUGUUUGAAGACUUCAUGAAAGUAUUUACUUAAGAAUGUGAAGAAAAACAAGUUGUGCAUUUCAGUGUCAUGUAUUUUUGAGCUGUCAUCUGAUCAUUAUAUUGAAGUUGGUUAAAUGUUUGUAUGUACUGCUAAUCGAUCUAUUUUCAUGUUUCUCUGUAUAAAUGUAUGUGUUUUGUACGAAUGUACAGUACAAUGUGUGCCUCUAUCUGUGUCAAGUGGUGACCAUAUUAUUUGUUGUGUCUUUCAAGGAUUAUUAGUUAAUUUCAACCUGAGCCUCAUUUCUUAGCUCUGAUGUCAUAGAGUGCCCAAGGAAUGAUGUUUUUCUGUAGGCUGACAUGGAAGUUAGCAUCGCACUGAUUCCCUCUCAAAAAGUCUAGGGGAUUCUCUAAUGGAUUUUGGUUUACUGCUGAAAAUAAGCUCUGUGACAAACGUUUAUGAUACACCACUUUCAUGAUUAUUGAAGUCUAAAUGCAGUCACCAGAAGUAAAAGCUAACAUUAGACAGCACAGGAGAGCCAGCUCCUCAAGUCAACACUCAGCUGUCCAUUAACAUCUAAAGGAGAAGGGACAUUCUCUCGAGGACAGCAAUGUUCUCAUCUUGGCCAGAGAGGAAAGAUAGUUUGAAAGAGGCCAUCUAUGUCAAACUGGAAUGCCCAUCAUUAAACAGAGGAGGUGACCUACGACACCACUUAUCACCCACCUACAAUGCAGUCUUGGGAUCCCUCCCAAGACGACUUCACACCCAUUCACACCUGGUAACCCUAACGACACAUAUGAUGGCCAGGCGGGUCAACGACUCACAUGUGACAAGUCCAUUAGAACUGAAGAAGCCCCUUGGAUGAGAGGCAAAAUGUCUUCA